GUCGAGCCUGAACCACGAAUCUCCCGGCCAGUAAAUUCGCAGUGUCACUACUGCGUCAUCUUGCCGCUGACACUGUUUCUGAAGCUGAGGUGGAAGGGGGUGGGUUUGCACAUAUCUGUGGUUUUCUGUUGAAUUGCUGGCACACUAGAUGGCCACACCAUGCUAGUCCUUGUUCUUAUUACUAGGUAUUCCGUAAGGUUCUGCUCGUCGCUCAGAAUACUCCAAAAUCUUCAUCGAUAACCUUUCGACAUUACUUCAGAUAGACUUUUCGAUCGGUGCGGACGAUCUCAAGGUGUAAUCGGGAAUCUGGGACUUCGAAUAUGCUGGCCGAAUGCAAGUAUCGUUUGACGCAAUGCACAACUGCUUCAUAAGAUGAUACCUGCCGAUAAGUCGUCAUAAAUGUUCGAUUUUCCUCACCAGCCAUCCACCAUGUUGGUGGUUUCCUGCUCAAGAAUGCUACUAGAGAGAGGGAUCUUGGCAUUAUUGUGCCUCCUGGUACUAAAACAACUCAGCCGUCAACAAGAUGUACUGUGCCUAAAGGACUGUGCCAUAAGCUGUACCAUAAGAACUCUAUUCGGACAGCAGAUAGUGGUGGUAGUACUUGAAAGCGACUGGAAAGCAAUGGUUCGGAAACUAAGAUUUUAGUGGCAAACCACCGUCUGUCACGCACUUCGUUUUCUCUAAGUUGUUUACGACUAUUCGAGUUACCUAAUUUCACUUUUUCAAUUGUGAAAGACCCGUGUGUUACUGUGCUACUUGGUCACGAUUUUUUUUACCGUAGCCGCAUUGUGCUGCCAAUGUUAAUAUCAGUCAGAAUAUAGUUAGUUUUGGUGGCCAGUCGGAAUGGCUUCAACCCCGAUGAUCACUAAGCAGCACCGCGAUACUGCCACGGAUGAUGGGAGGAACCGAAUCCGUAUACGACCACAUCUUGAAUCUGUGAUAAUUCGCAGAUUUUGACGUGUUUGGGCAGGUUUAGGUUCACUUUUAUAUCUUACAAAUUGUGGAAACCUGAGAAGCUAAGGUCUGGGUUUCAUAACUUUGCAAGUGAACGUGAAAGUGAGUGGCGCAGAAGUGAUUUACCUAACUGGGAGGGAUAAUCGCGGCACAAGAGAAUUUUUGCUGGACCUCCAGUAACGCUAGAUCCUAGGCGAACCCAUUCAUGAUUCGGUUCAAAAAUACAGUGAUUCCUCCUGUAGGGAGAACAUCCACCAGGCCGACAGUGAUUUCUUCCGUGCGGGAAACUCUCCAAAUGUGAUUCGGUCCUUUGGCCCACCAAUGGCUUCUGCCGGUGAUGCGCAGAUCCCCAAUUAUGGCGUGGAUGAGAUGUUGAAGGGGAAGUUGCGUGUAAUCAUCGCAAUUAAACAAUUGAAAACCUCCACUUCGUUCAGUGUAAGCAGGCUCAUUCCCCAACUAAAAACGACUGCAUCGAACGGUGAGAUCACCUUUGAACCGAGUGAUAGAGGCUUUUUCUUCGAAUUCGUCGGGAAGGAUGACCUGAAGGGAAAGCAUUAUCGGAUGAAGGUAGACGGUCUACCCGGUCUGUUAGAUGUGCGGAAAUGUCAGUGCAAACUUGAAGACGAUGCUGUACAUCUUAUUCUACAAAAGAAAAACCCAUCUGUUUCAUGGUUGAAGGAAAUUGGCGAUAACCUACCACUUGUCAAUUGA